ACAUCUUUGCUUGACACUAAUGGUUUGAGGUUGAUGUUGUUGAAUGAGGUGUUUGGUGAGGUCCGGUGAUUUGUUCUUUUUUCUAUUAUAAUUGCUUAGCUUCAUUUUUAAACGAUGGAUCGGUAUGGCACUGGAGGUUAUAGCUCUCCCUAUGGAGCAGGAAAUGUACCCCUAAAUCUUCCAGGCACUGGUUCAAUGACGCAGCUCUCCCCAUAUCUCAACAUCGAUCCAGGCUAUUUGUAUCAGAGUGAAGGCCCCGAAUUCAUUUUUCCGGAAGGUGCAAGUCACAAGCGGGGGAGGUUUGAGUUGGCCUUCUCACAGAUCGGUGGUUCAGUGAUGACAGGGGCAGUCCUUGGUGGUGUUAAUGGCCUCUACAUUGGAGCAAGAGAAACAGCAGUGGCAGGACAGACAGGAGCGAUCCGCAGAACACAGUAUGUUUUAUUUACCAUUAUGUCACAAAUUCUUUUACUCUAA